AUGUCAACCUUUGGGCAGUUUUUGCGUGUGACGACAUACGGCGAAAGCCAUUGUCCGAGUGUCGGAUGUAUUGUCGACAAUUUCCCUCCUGGAAUCCCGGUCUCGGAAGAGAUCCUCCAGCCCCAGAUUUCUCGCCGCCGCCCCGGCCAAAGCUCUAUUACGACACCCCGCAAUGAGGCUGACAUUGUGUCAAUCCAAUCCGGGGUAGAAGGAGGAGUCACGCUCGGUACCCCGAUUGCCAUGGUCGUCAAGAACCAGGAUUUCCGCCCCGGCGACUACAAGGGCAGCACCAUGAAGCAGUACCCUCGCCCCAGCCAUGCCGACUUCACCUACCUUGAGAAGUAUGGCGUUCGGGCUUCCUCAGGCGGUGGCCGGUCAAGUGCGCGAGAGACGAUCGGCCGUGUGGCGGCAGGUGCUCUCUGCGAGCAUUACCUGAAGCUUGCCCAUGGAAUUGAGAUUGUUGCUUGGGUUUCAUCCGUCGGCAGCAUUCACCACAUUUCACCCACUGCUGAAUAUCCUUGCACAUCUCACAACCCGAAGUUUCUCCAGCUGCUUUCAGGGGUUACACGAGAAGACGUUGACAAGACGGUUGUCCGGUGUCCGGACCCGGAAGUGGCCGCUCAAAUGGAGAAAUCUAUCGCCGACUUUCGAGACCGCCAGGACAGCAUUGGAGGCACAGUUACGUGUGUGAUUCGAAACGUCCCAACUGGACUUGGCGAACCGGUGUUUUCGAAGAUGGAGGCGGCCCUUGCCCAGGGAAUGCUCAGCAUCCCGGCGACAAAGGGAUUUGAAAUCGGCUCUGGAUUUGCAGGAACAGAAAUCCCAGGUUCCGCGCACAACGACAUGUUUAUCCGCAACCCGGCUCCUGUCUCGGAGCCCAAGAAUGGAUUUGCAAAGCCCAAGCUCUCGACCUUGACGAACAACAGCGGCGGUAUCCAGGGAGGAAUUACAAACGGCGCCCCUAUCUACUUCCGUGUUGCUUUCAAGCCGCCUGCAACGAUCGGACUGCCUCAGCAAACGGUCACAUUUGCAGGAGAGAGCGACGGACUUCUCGAGGCCAAAGGCCGUCACGACCCCUGCGUCGUUCCCCGCGCUGUCCCGAUCGUGGAAUCUAUGGCUGCUAUUUGCAUCAUGGAUGCUCUGAUGACGCAGGGAGGCAGGAGGGCGGCGGCGCUUACGCUGUGA